AUGGCUGGUGAAGGCGCGGAUCUAGCUACAGAUGGAGUCAGAGCGGCGCUUGAAAUGACAGCGUCAGCAAGUACAUCAGGCUUUUUCGUCUCAGUGAAAAUAGACAGCCCCAUUCUGGCAGGAGUCGCGCUGGCUGGAGCCCUGUCGUUGGGUGCAUUCUAUCUGUCUAAAAGGCAUUCCGUUGAAAAUGCUAUAAGGAAUGGCUUAGAAGAAAGAAACGAAAACGGAGCUGAUCCUGAAGUCAGGAAUAUCGGGGAUGGUUCAAUUUUGGUUGAGCUUUACUGUCACACAGAUCUUAGUUUGUUGCAGUUCGUGGAUGACCUCGAAGCAGAGAAAGUGAAGCAUAGAUUGCAAGAAGAGUUUUGUAACAUUGGAUUCAACAGGGAAUUAGUUGUAACCAUCAGGAAUGCCAAAGAGGUUUACAAGAAAGUGCAGGAAAUAAGGUAACGAUCUGAAUCAUUUUGAUCCAAGGACCCAGACCUUUCACUCGCUUUCGAGUACUGUAAUGAAAUGAGAAGUCUGGGAAUGGAAAUGAGAUUGUAGAUAUUGAAUCCUUGCCGUCAUGUGAUACGGCUGAAGUAUUACCUUCAGAAUCUCUCACAACAUGCAUGGAUAACAAUUCAUUUCAGGUUUUCGCUUUUGCGAGAUGUUACCCACGCCGCGCAAGUAGGAGAAACACAGAUGCAGAAACUCAACCUUUGUAAGAGAUGUACGUAUCUAACUCUCAACUGCUUAUCAGUUUCAUGUUGCAUGGAAAUUGCUUUGUCCUCAGGCCAUCAAGCUUCUUUUACCGAUUUCUUUGCUUCACUGUGACCCAGCAGAAACCAAGACGAGAACAUUAAUUUAGUCACUAACUACGUCAACAUUACAACAUGUCAGGGGAAAACAGGAUAAGGAUUCUAGAUAGUUAAUAUUUUCUUUAUUUUUUUCUUUCCAGGCGAUACCGAGGCUCCACAUGAGAUAAAACUAAAAGUCGUGCCUCAAAAUCUUGAUGUUAAAAAACAAGACACAUCCAAUCACCAAUUUUCUGCAGACAUAAAUAUGUUCCUAAAGCAAAACACACUUUCUCCAACUGAAGGACUGAAUGCUUUACUGAAAGGUUUGGAAGAUACUUACAACCUGAGCAUUCAAGCAUUAAAAUUUGAAGGUCUAGAAAUACGAGUGGAAUGUGUCACCCUGGGAAGCCUUGAAAGACUCUGGAGAUACUUCCUCUCUCGCCGCCUCAAUGAAAUCGCUGAGAUGUACAUUCUGACCGAUGAAGUAAAAAAGAAACUGAACCUGAAAAAUAUGAGACUAACAACUGUCAUUAAAGAAGAGGACUACGAGACAUGCAGAAGGUCUUUCAUUGAGCGAGUGAAGCCAUCAAGCGCAGGUAAAAGUCAAGGUACGUACUGCACUUAAACUGCUUGUUGCACUUGAUGAAAAAAAUCAUCCUUAUAGUUGAUAACCAUCAUCCUGUGUAACUCUUGAGUAGAUGAAUCAAAUGAUCUCCUGACAGAAGUCGAUCGAAUCAUAAACCUUCGGAUUGGUACCUCGGAUGGGAAUGUUCGACUCACUGAGCUGAGCUGUUCAUUGCAUCAACAGACAAAAAACGUGCUAUCUUCAUUUACAUAACUGAAAAGCACAGGAUUAGAAUGGAAAUAAGUGCAAAUGAUCAUUAUUUGGUGAAUAAUUACACCUUCAACUGGUUGCCACUAUACCCAAGUUGUGACAGUAGUGUGUAUUAUAAUUUGAGAAACACGAUUUAAAGUAUUCCCUUUAGCUGUUCAUUGCAUCAACAGACAAACGUGCUAUCUUCAGUUACAUAACUGAAAAGCAUAAGAUUAGAAUGGAAAUAAGUGCAAAUGAUCAUUAUUCGGUAAAUAAUGACACCUUCAACUGGUUGCCACUUCACCCAAGUUGCGACAGUAGUGUAUAUCAUAAUUUGAGAAACACGACUUAAAGUGUUCUGUUUAGAGUUCACCAAGACCUAAAAAAAUAUAUCUUCUACAACUCGUUACUUUUAAUUUGAGUUACCUGAUCGGAUGAAAAGCAUCACGUGAUACUAAAAUCCUUUGACAGCUAAUAGUUUUUUCGCUCUGUUCUUAAACGCUACUCUGUUUAAACGCCUACCUGGAGGUCGUAAAAAAGAUAGUAAGGGAAAAGGUUGAUUUGAAAUUUUUGAAUCGAGAUUUUCUUGAUUUUUUAGGCGCCGUCAUGGAACUGCGUGAGAUAAUAGUAAAAAUCACCACCCACAAUGCUGAUGGUGAAAAUCUGAAGGAGUCCAACCAAAAUUUUGGAGCCGACGUUUUAAUGUUCCUUAACUGCAACACAUUUUCACCAACGAAAGGAAUGGGCCUCUUUCUUAAGCAUAUUGAAGAUGCUUACAACCUGCGCACCAAAGCAUUGGGGUUCAGCUGCCUAGAAAUAGGAUUGGAAUGCGCAACCGCGCAGGGCCUUGAAUGUCUGUGGACGGACUUCGAGUCAGGUUACCUCAAUGAAACUGCAGAGAGAUGCCUUCUGACUGAUGAAGUAACCGAAAACCCUCAGAUGAAAGAUGUUAGGGUGAAAACGGUUAUCAAAGAUGGGGAGUACUUCGCAUGUAGGAAGUCGUUUUUUGAACCAACGAAGCCAACGAAAGGAGUUGCUAGUCCAGGUAAAUUUUAGUCUCCUUCGCAGCCGUUUUUUUGAGUUGUCACGUCUGGUUUUGUCAUGGAAAGUUAAUUGAGAAAACUGAUCACCUGAGCACUAAUUCAUCAAAUUUACAGUGUCCUUUUUGGACUUUUUUUAAGGGUCACCCACCACUUCCUAAAACUGGAAGAUCCAAGCUUAAAGAUUUUAUGACCACUAGUUAAAGCUAUCAACUUUCGCAGAAGACCUCAGUGGAUGAAUAACAUUACUUCCAGUUUAAAUCGCCUUUCUCGCUGAUGGUUUUCUUCACUUUUUUUUUAGACGGACCAGUUUUUUUUAAAUUUAUUAAUCAAUGGUCUGCGUCAGAAGCUGAGUAAAGUGAAAUAUCCGAUUUGAAAUUUUUGUCAAUUUUCUUAGGCAACGUUACGGAAUCGCAUGAAAUGUCAGUUAAAAUCACCAGCCAUAAUGUUGAUGCUGUAAAAAAGGAGAAGUUGAACCAGUAUUUUCAACAAGAAGUCAAGAACUACAACGCGUUCUUUCAAACCGAAGGACUCGCUGACUUUCUUGGCCGUUUCAGAAACAAGUGCAAUGUACGUAUAAAGGCAGUAGGACUUGGAUCCUUAGAAAUUCGAGUGGAAUGCCCCACCCUGGAGAGUCUUGAAAAUCUGAAGAGCGAUUAUUGUUCUGGUUACCUCGAUGAAAUGGCUGAGAAGUGCAUGCUGACUGAUGACGUGAGACAGAAGCUUAAUCUGAAAGAUGUCAGUUUAAAAGUUGUUAUUAGACAAGAAGACUACGACAGAUGCAGAAAAUCUUUUUUAGGACCUGUGAGGCCAUCAAGCGAAGUUACAAAUCCAGGUACAGGUCUAAAGUGCUUCUUGCAAUUAGAAAAUUUGAAAGUACAUCGUGAUAACUGUAACGACAUAAGUACGCUAAAUUUAUCAUUGCCUACACUGAGUACCCAAAAAACAAAUAUUGAACACUUAUAUUAUAUUACUCACUUUUACCGAAAGCAAAGAAAAAAAAUUGUUAUUAUUGAAAGAGAAAAGAAGCUCAAAUGAUAUUUUAUGAUGAUGACAAUUCGUGUUGUUCUGAAUAAAUCGUGAAUAAUGGCCAUCCAAUUGCGUUGGCAUUCUCUUCCUUUUACUCCUCCUCCCCAUCAUUUUCACUAUUCUCCACCCAGUCCUCCUCCUCUCCACCUUCUCAUCGUCAUCAAUGUCGUCGUUUAAUGCACCAAUCACAUUUGAGGAAAUUGUAAUGGUUUAUAAGAAAUUCAACCCCGGUAAAGUUGAAGUUUCGUUUGGAACGAUGUCGUAUGUAGGUGUUUUCUAAGCGUUACAAUAUCGAUCAUAACAACACACUGAACAUCCAGGGGCGACUUGUAAUCAGUAAAGGGUCAGAAUCGAAAGAAAGUAAUCACUAAAAUUUAGUAAAUCUGGGAGUCGAAUGUUACAAAUCGGAGGGGAGUCUUUCGAAAUUAAGAAGCCGAUAUUUUGUGAGCAAACUGUUCAGGGAAAUUCUAGUGUAGGUUGCUUAAGCCUUCAGUUACUUUGUUUUUAUAUCUCUUAAUUUUGCUCUUAAAUGCUUUCGUUGUAUGUUUGUCGUUUCAUUUUUAGAAAAUAUUCCAUCUUAUCACACUGACCAUUCGAAGUCACAAGCUGAAGGAAACGGCUUAAAAGAAGCCGAGCAGGGCGCCGAGGCUAACUUCACAAUAACUACACGAGAUUCAGAAGGAAAACCGUUUUAUAGCAAACAAGAAGACGUGACCGUCACAAUCAGAUCUCGAACAGGGAAAGAAGAAGUAAAAACCAUAGACCUUAAAGAUGGCAACUACACAGUCUAUUACAAACCAAAGAGUGCUGGGCGACACGACGUUACGAUUGUGAUUAACGGAUGGCCGCUGACUGGUAGUCCUUGGAGAGUUAACGUGAAGCCAUAUCAGUACAAAGUAGUCAAAUCGUGUGGGUCAAGUGGAAAUGGAGAAGGAGAAUUUCAUUUACCGCGCAGUAUUGCAAAGAAUGAAAAAACAGGAGAAAUUAUUGUGGCAGAUACGUUGAAUGGCCGCCUUCAGGUUUUUGAUAAAAAUUUGAAAUACCUCAGGACGAUAGGAGGUGAGACGGGAUUACCAACUGGUGCAGCUCUGAAGAUUCAUGAGCCUGGGUCAGUAGCAGUCGCAAGGAAUGGUGAUACGAUCGUAAUUGAUAACGAUGGACCUUCAAGACAAAUGCUUCUAAUCACUGAUGAUGGCCAGUUUAUUCAAAAGUUCACGAAGCACGUAAUCACUCCUCGGACUGUUUUUGUCACAAAUGAUGAUGGUCACGUGAUCGUGUGUAAUGACGUUGACGGUAAAAUUAAGGUCCUUUCCUCGGACGGUGCACAAUUGCUACAGUCUUUCAGUGUCCCGUAUUAUGACCAUAGACCCAACUCUGUAUUUUAUCAUCAAGAAAAGUUCUUUGUGUUGUAUUCCACUGCUGACUGUGUCAAGGUUUUCAAUAAGGAAGGUUUAUUUCUAUUUAAUAUUGGCAGCAAGGGGUCUGGUGAAGGACAGUUCCUGUGUCCCUGUGGACUUGUUGUUGAUGCUUUUGAUAACCUGAUCGUCUGUGACAAUGGUAAUAGAAGACUGCAAAUGUUUACCCUGGAUGGUGAAUUUCUCUGUUCCUUUGAUCAAGAAAACCGAAAACCCUGGGCUAUAACAGUUUGUAAAAAUGGUGACUUGCUGGUUACUGAUACUCUACACAACUGUGUUUUGAUUCUACGAUAA